AUGCUGGCAUCCAUCGGCCUCGGCCUGGCCGUCCGCUUCCUGGUGCCCAUCCCCCCUGAGAUCUCUCUGCAAGCCUGGACGCUGCUGUCCAUCUUUGUCAGCACCAUUGCAGGCCUCGUCCUGGAGCCGCUCCCUGUUGGGGCCUGGGCUUUCCUGGGCGUGACGACCGCGGUGGCCACCAAGACGCUCACCUUUGCACAGGCCUUCACCGCAUUCACCAACGACGUCAUCUGGCUCAUCGUGGUGUCUUUCUUCUUUGCCAAGGGCUUUGAGAAGACGGGACUUGGCCAGCGGGUCGCCACCAUCUUUGUCAAGUUUUUUGGCAAGUCCACGUUGGGACUGGCGUACGGGCUGUCAGCUGCCGAGGCCGUCAUCGCUCCUGCCAUGCCGUCCACCACCGCGCGUGCCGGCGGCAUCUUCAUGCCCAUCAUCGCCUCGCUCUCCCAGCAGGCAGACAGCAAGCCCAACACGCCCUCCCGGCGCAAGCUGGGGGCCUUCCUGGUGAUGAACCAGCUGCAGGGCUCCACCUGCUCCUCGGCCCUGUUUCUCACGGCAGCUGCCCAGAACCUGCUAUGCAUGAAGCUGGCGGCCGAGUUGGGGGUGGUCGUGCCCAGCGCCUGGACCACCUGGUUCAAGGCAAGUGGAGGGGUGGCACUCGCGGGCGCGGCAGCCGCAUCGCUCCCAGCCCUGACCGGUCUGCUGCUCACACCCCUGAUCAUGUACAAGCUGUUCCCCCCUUCUGUCAAGGACACACCCGAGGCCCCAAAGUGCCUCAACUUUGUCAUCCUGCUGCAGCUGGCGCAAGAGCAGCUGACGAGGAUGGGACCCAUGUCCACCAACGAGAGGAUCAUGCUGGCCACCAUGGGAGCCGCGGUCUGCCUCUGGGUGGCUGGGGACAUGUUGGGCAUCAGUGCAGUUGUGACGGCCAUGCUGGGCCUCUGCGCCCUCCUCUCCACGGGGGUGCUGACGUGGAGGGAUUGCAUCGGGCACCCGGCCGCUUGGGACACCCUCUUCUGGUUCGCAGUCCUGGUGGGCAUGUCUGGGCAGCUGGCAUCCUUUGGCAUCAUCUCCCACUUUGCCGGGGCGGUUGGGGAGAGGCUGGUGGCCGCCAACCUCAGCUGGCCCGUCGUCUUCGGCCUGCUCAACGCCGCGUACUUUGCGCUGCACUACAUGUUUGCCUCCCAGACCGCGCAUGUGGGCGCGCUGUAUGCCGCCUUCCUGGGCAUGAUGCAGGUGGCGGGGGUGCCCGCCGUCCUCGGGGCGCUGUCCCUGGGCUUCAUGAGCAACCUCUUUGGCUCCAUCACCCACUUUGGGUCGGGCCAGGCAGCCGUGUACUAUGGAGCAGGCUAUCUGGAGCUGAAGGAGGUGUUCAGCUACGGGGCACUCAUGGCGGUGGUCAACCUCCUCAUCUUUGGCGUGGUCGGAGGGGCAUGGUGGAAGGUCCUGGGCCUGUACUGA